GCGCUCAGCUCCCGUUCUCAGAGUGGCUCUGCAUGCUGUACACGAAAUUUGAACUGAGAUGGACAAAAAAACUGUCAAGGAUCACAUCAUAAAUGCUUUGGAUGACCUACGCCAGUCCGAACUGAAGGCAUUUAGACACAAACUAUGCGACACGGAUUUUGAAGACGGGGUGAACAUUGCAAAGGGGAAAGUGGAAGGAGCGGAUAGUUUAGACUUGGCAGAUAUAAUCGUCAGGACCUUUUCGGAAGCUAACUCUGUCAAAGUGACUGUCAGAGUUUUGCGUGCCAUUGGAGAAAACCAGAUAGCCAACAUUCUAGAAAGGAAUUCAGGACAAGCAGGCGAAAUGUCCGGAGCUGUUGAGAGAACCGCUACGACCACCGGUGCAAGGCUUGACUUAACGGUGAAUGGGGUUCAUUUUGUAGACAGGCACCGAGAAGCGCUGAUCAAAAGGACCCCUAUCGUCGCACCCAUUCUGGAUGCCCUGCUCACAGAAAAGAUGAUACAUCAAGAAUUAUACACGGAAAUCAUAACCGCGACCAUCACGCCUCAGAGUAAAAUGAGAAAGCUGUUCCUCGCUACCACAGCCUGGGGCACCAAACAAAAAGAUUAUUUCUACAAAAUACUGGAAAGAGAGCAGCCCUUCCUGAUUGAAGAGCUGCAGACGAUCUAAUUUGAUAACUCACUUUUUUUCAGAUUGCUUGUACCCCUCUUUUCUCCUCGCUCUUUCCCUGUUCCCUAGAAUCAUACAUGCAUUUUUCCACAGUGUUGUCUCUACGAUGUCAAGUAUCGUCUGAAAGCUGAUCUGGUUUUAUGACAAUGACUGCAGCACUAAGUACACCUUCAUAAUUCCAUGCAUGGAGAAUUCACAGUGGAAUCGGUUGUGUUGAACAGAAUUUAAUAGACAGAACGCCUUUUUAUAUAUAGCACAAAACAGCUGCAAAAUACUUCCCAUCUGGACUCCACAUUGCACUUGCAUUUCCUUUGUCAUUUUCACAUCAGCAAUGUUCUUCUGCGUCAAAGCACGUUACUGGCUGAAAGCAUGUCACUCAGUUAGGGGAAGCAGCUGGUUGGUUAAUGCAGGAAAGAAGCUGUUCAAGGGGCGGGGAUAAUGGGUGGUGAGAGCGUGUUUUGGCCCCUUCACACCAGGGAUGCUAGAAAUCUGUUUGCUGUGGGAAGAUUUUCAAUCUUGCCAGAUACUGCUUGUUAAGCCUGACAUAUUACUGUUUGCGUUCCAUUUUUGCUAUUCUGUCAUUGGAUCAAUGUGUUCACUUUGAAAUCUAUAUGUACUGUAAAACAGAAUCCAAUUGUGAUGAAUCAAUUAAAAACUAUAUAAAAAGACCAAGGAGAUUAUAGCCGUGCAAUUCUAGCGUAUUGUAAUCAUAGUAUUUAGCAUAUUACAGCGUGGAUACUUUAAGAAACACUUUAAGAGAUAUUCAUAUUUAUCCUACUGUUGUAGGUUAUUUUACAUCCUUAAAGAAAAUAAAACUUAAUUGAACUGUCA